AUGUCCUACUCAACCCGCGACAUCACCCCGGGCGGCUACGGCGGGGGCAGCAGCAGCAGUUCCAUGUUCCCCGGCCGCCACGACUUCGACUUCCACCCCCGCCGCAGCUCCAGCACCCGUCGUCCCUCCACCACCCUCGAUCCCUUCGAGCGCUCAACCAGCACCUCCCGCCGCCCUUCCUACGCUCCGGAACCCCGACGCAGCAGCAGCAGCCGCGGCGGCUUCUCAGACCUCCCCGACUCAGACUUCUUCUCCUCCGGAGGCGCGAGCGGAAGACGCGGAGCCGUAGUCGAUGAUACCUUCGACCGUCGUCCGAGCAGGAGUAUGUUCUCCGACCUCUACGCCUCCAUGCCUUCCCGCGACAUCGGUGCCGGAACGACGGGGUACUCACGUUACCGUAACGAUGCGCCACCGAGCAGCUACGCCCGGUACGAGAGUCGUCCAACGAUGAGUUCCUCUCGAUCUCGGUACUCCGAGCGCAGCGGCUCGAUCCUCGACGACCCCUUCGCUCGUCAGGCAGCUGCGUCACACUCUUCUUCUUCUUCGCGCUACGGUAGUUCGCGUGAGGGGAGCAGGUACCCGCCUUCGAGCUAUGAUCGAUAUGCUGCGCCCUCGUCGUCGAGCACGCGCCGGCCUUUGACGUCGAGGUUUGUGGAUCAGUAUUAUUCUGGCUCGGACUAUGAGAUGCGGGGGCAUCGGGAUGAUCCUUUUGGUAGGCGGGAGAGGUCGAGUUCGAGUUCUAGUAGUGGCCACUUUCGGUUCUUCUAG